AUGGCUCCUGUAAACUCGUCUCCCCUGGAGGCCCUGCCCUUCUCUCUCUCGAAAACCGCGAGAGCAUUGGCUGAGGCCCGUAAGGAGCUGGAUAACCUUAAGGCAGCUUUAGCCACCAUGUCGCCUAGCGUUGACGGCCUCGCCGACAGCUUUGACGAGCUGCAGCUGCAAGAGCAAACGGUAAAAACCAACCGAAAUGCCCGAGCGGCUCAAUGCCACAAGAGGCGACAUCGAUCCUCGGUCAAGAGGCAUCAUCCCUUCAAUACCCCAAAAAGAAAGCGUUCAUCAGGCCAUUACCCAUCGCAACCUGACUCUGGUCGAUCUUCCUGGUCGAAUAACGACCGGGGCUUUGAAGAUAUGGCGAUGCAGGGGUGCUACGGGCUCAGCACAGAGCAGACAUGGCCCAUGGACGCUGAUAGCAAGGCAUUCAUGGUCCGCGACCAAACCGAAGCACGGCUGGAGCGCAGGAGUGAAGGAUUGAACGGAGUCGAUGGUAGCAGCGGGUUUGAGGAGGUAGUGGUACCCUUCAGUCAGUUGAUCUCUCCUGAGACGCUCGACUGGCGGGCACCGCCGCCGGAUAUUGGGGAGAUUUCUGUCGCACCUCGCGGGAGUUCUGGACAACAAGUCUCUGUUUCGAAGGCGGCGGGACCCUUUGCUCCUCAAAGUCUUCUUGUGUCGAACGGCGAGAUGGGCGUCGAUAACGGUGCAACCUAUCUCUCCCCUUUCGCAUUGAGGCCAUCCAAGAACAUUGGCAGCAACGGAGUGGUCCAGGGCGACGAAGACUUGUCGCCGCAGAUGGAAAGGAUGUCGCUGGGCCAAUCCUAUUGA